AGACUCAGCACUCAUCAAUACCAGUCUUCCAUCGAUAGUUCACUCAACCCAAAAAACAAGAUGUCCCAAGAGAAUGACAUCACACUGGGCCAACUGCUCGAUCGAGCCACAUCGGCAUACAACCAUGUCAUCGAACAGCCCACACCAAAUGAGGAAACAGUUCAGUCUAAAAUCCUCGCAGCUCUCGCCGACCUCUCUUUGAGUAGCUCGUUAAUCAACCGAUUGGCCAUCUUAUCUCCAAACGAAACCUUAGAGGAUAUCAAUACUAAUGACCUAAAAUGUCUUUCGGUCGAGGUCUUGCGUGGCUUGCUCGUCGUAUUACUCAAAACUAAAGGAGGCGGCCAACGGAAGAAGAACCUCGAACAAGCAAAAGACCAUUUUAAAAGCUUUUCUCGACAGAUUGAAGCGUAUGAAAUCAUUCCGAGGGAACAAAUCGAGCGAUUCAAAGGGCCCUUAUCUGCGAUACAAAGUGCAUCGAUGCGGCGAGAGUCGAAGAUCAACCAAUACAAGUUAGAGAAGCAACUCAAGCAACAAUUGGAUGAGCUACGAGAACGUAAACGAGCGGCCCAACGUUCCAGAUUAUAUUCGUCGGGACGAUCGAAGGAAGACUAUAACUCUCGAGUUGAGAGGGCGAAUGGUUCGGAUGAUGAUGAUGAUGAGAAUGAGAGCGAGAGUCGGUCGACCCAUCUGACCUGGCUCAAGUUCCUCUACCUCAAGGCCCACCAAGAAUUAGACAGUAUCGAAGCAGAGCUAGAAAUUCUAGGCCAGGCGGCCCAGAUGAACGACCUACCGAGUAAGAAGGUACAACGAGAGGAAGAUGAUCUAAGUUGGCGGGUCGAAAGACUAUCGACCUCGACGGAUGGACCAUUAGUCUCGCCCUCAGGCAAGGUUCUCCGUCCAUUCACCAUCCUACCCUCACGCUCAUCAGCCUCCUCAGCCUCCACCAAUCGAAUCAAACUUCGAGCAGAAGUCUUCCGCCCCGAUUGGACGCUCCCGACGAUGACGAUCGACGACUACUUGGACGAACAACGCGCCAUGGGUAACUUCUUGUCCGGCGGCGGCCCCGAUCAGGCUUCCCAAGAAACACCCUCCCAACGCGCUCAAAUCGACGCUGAAGAAGAUAAUCUGAAGGGCGAACUCAAGGCUGAAGAGCUUCGGAAAAAGGCUGUCGAAUGGAACGAGUUCACCGAUUCUCAUCGUAAAGGUGAAGGUAAUAUGAUGAAUAGAGGUUGAUCACUCGUCGAUCAUCUUUGCCUAUUCUGAACAAUUCCUCGCUUCACUUCUAUAUUCCAAUCAUUGUAUUAUGUACAUGAAUCAACAACAACAAAAAAAGAUACAUGCAUUUGUUGGGGCUCUGUUAUUUUUUCUGAUUAGCAAGUU